ACAAGUACCUGCAGGUGUACCUGACCACCCUCCUCAACACCGUGGUCAUCUGGAACGUCGACCAGGGCCAGUCAGGGCGCUGGCGGUACGCCGAAGCGCAUUUCGAGGCCGACAUCGGCUUCCACGUGACCUUCGUCGCCGAGCACAGCCGGUGCGGCACCCCCGUGGCCAUUGACUCCGUUUCCGUUGAAGAAGGUCAUGGAUUCGUCUACGUGGAGAACGAGGGCAUCCUGAGCGCGGAGGGCCGCUUCGCCGAACUGCAGACCCCGGCGUUCACCGCCAGCGACGCUAGCCACAACCACACCCGCUCGGCGACACUGUCCUUCUGGUACUACUUCGGCUACGGCACGGCCACCUUCCAGGUGUACAGCAAGAGCGCCGACGAGUGGUGGAGCGACCAGCCGGAGGAGAACAGCGUCUGGAAAGUGACGCACAGCGUCUCCGCCAACUACCAGCGACGCUGGCGCCAGGUCACUGCACCUCUGCUUCCAAGACACCCGCUCCCUGGUGUUCCGCGUCACCCCCAGUAACACCUUCGCGCAUGUCGGACUGGAUGAGGUCAUCACCACGCGCAAUAACGAUAAGCCAGUAUUACAAAAUAAAGCAUAUUAACAGAAGUCGCAGCAGUAAAUAUUGUGGUUAAGACGGUUUUGUAGAAAGGUGGCACCGUAACGCAACGAAACCUCCUUGCAGGAUGCAGAACUCAAUACUGUAAUUGCUGAUUUAGUGAUUCGUUUCAUCUGAGUCAAAAGGAAGUAAGAUCAAAGGAAGUAGAUUUUUUUACUAUCUAAUCCAUAUGUUUGUAGCGUUAGCUUCAAAUUGAGACGAAUUAUAAUUUUGCUCGUUACGACCGAGUAAUAUUCGUCGUAAAAAAUUACAGAGUGUGCAAGCGCAGUUAAAUUAUGCCACCUUCCGGCUACCGAAGAGGUUGGCGGGAAUUUAUUAACGUAAAACUGGAGAAUAAUGAAAGGGAAAAAGUUUAUUCCAUAUACAGAACAUAUUUAUAUUUAUGUAGUUUCGUAAUUUGUAAUCAUCGAUCACGUCAACUGCUGAUAUCCUUAAAUGUAACUCCCCUUCUCUACGAUAUUAUUGUUGUCUGUCAGCAGCAUACAUUAAUUGUAGUAUGCGAUUUUCCAAUAUUCUGCUCCUCCCAUUGCAGCGGGAGGGAUAUGGGACGACUGGGUAAUAUUAAUGCACAGUUCUAAGCACCCAGUGGUGCAUGCUUAAUGUAGCCCUGAUCGUCUGGCAGUACGCAAUUUGGUCUUUAACAUACUGACACGUUGCGUACAGUGGGACCGCACACCCGCGAAAGCCUGCAGUUCGAGAGCGGGACCUGGGGCUGGCACGACGAAGAAUCCAUCGGCCUCAACUGGCGACGCACCCGCGUGGCCGGCAGCUACUUCAUGGCCACCCAAUCCGACAACGUCUGGGAAUUGUCCGGCACUGCCCGUUUAAUCGCCGACACCAUCCACCAGCAGGUGCCCAACCCCACCCGCCUGUCCUUUUACUACGGGAACCACGAGGCCGGCCACGGCACCCCCAAGCUGAAGGUGAAGGUCUUCAAUGAAGAGCACGAGAUCUGGCACGCGCCCCGCAGCAACGCCACCUCGUGGCAGCGGAUGGACGUCGUCAUCUGCCAGGACCCGGGGUACCAGCUGGUCUUCGAGUCCACGGUGGCGGGUGUGCAGGUGGACGAUUUCGAGUUGACCGGGGAGAUCGAACCGGCCCCGCCCGGCUUCAGUCCGCAGUGUCCGUCGCCCAUUUUGACCUGUGAUUUUGAGGAUGGCAUGUGCGGCUGGACCACCGAGGUGGGAAAAAAUCUAUGCUUCCGCCGCGCACAGACCGUGGAGAAAGCUACUGACAGUGGAGUCAUCGGCAGUGCCGCGCAGGGCACGUGGUUCGUGUAUGCCGCGGCCAAUCAGCGACUGAAGAGCGAUGAAGUGGCCCGCUUGGUGGCCAACGGCGCGGUCAAGUUGGAGCGCGACGGAAAAUUCUCCUUCUGGUACCAUGCACGCGGACACGGAGUGGAUUUUGUCAGACUGACCAAGACGAAAUUGGGCAUGAAUGGACUGGAGUUCAAUGUGUUGUGGGAAGAGACUGGAGGAAAUACCGAUCAGUGGAAGCGAGCGGAAGUUGUCUGGUGCGACUCAGCGGAAUUCUAUCUGGAAUUUUCUGCCGGCUUCAUCCUGCCAGACCACGUCGUCGCCUUCGACGCCCUCGAGCUGGAAGACGAAGGUGCCAUCCCGCCCGACACCUUCAUGUGCCCCGGCCAGGCCGCGACGACCAUCAGCUGCGAUUCGAGAGCGACUUGUGGGGCUGGACCAACAACGGUCUGGGCAUCGACUGGCACGUCCAAUCGGCCCCUGACGACGUCGAUAACUACAUGACGGCGCGCUCCCGCGACGCGCCCUUCGACGGCGCCAUCGCCGGCAUCACCAGCCGUCUGAUUUGAAUUGCAUUUCCUGCAGAAGGCACACGGGUGUGACCGCGGCUUCCAGUGUGGCGCCACCUGUGGCUGGCAGCCGCCCAGUUGGCUGGCCUUCAGCUGGUGAGCCAUCAACGGAUCGUACGGUGUCGGUCCGUACGCCGUGUAUAACGACGACAGCGAAGGCUACCUCGUGGCGGACAGCCAGGACGUCACCACCAUCACCGACACCCUCGAGAUGCGCUCCAAAGCAUUCCCACACGUCAACAGCAGCAUGGCCUUCGCCUACCGCGCCUUCGGAUACGGGAUCGAGCAUCUGCGACUGUACGGCGAACAGGCCGGCAACCAGCGGUUCCUGCUGUGGGAAACUGGGGAUGCGUCGCGGGAGUGGCUGUACACGCUGGUGUCCGUCUGCUUCAACGAUCCUGUUGUGUUGGUGUUUAAGGCGUAGAUCUACGUGGCCAUCGACCACGUAAUCUUGAACGAGGAUCCCGACACGAACGCACCGACUUCGCAAUGCCCGGCGCUGGAUCUGUACUCCACCUCCCAAACCAUCACUACCGAUUCCGGGUUGACCACGGGACCGACCACACCGGCACCCAUUAUUAUACCGGAACCGAUCCCCGGCACGAUCAGUUGUGAUUUCGGUGAAGCGCUUACGCGGACAUGUGCGGCUGGCAGAACGCCGAUAGUGCAGCCGCCGUGCACACCGCUCCUUCGCAUCGGACAGACCAACUUCAGCAUAGUGUUCGAAGCGGAACCGGGCAAUUUCUUUGUCGGCGCCACCAUGGGCAACGAAACCGUCCGCUCGGCGCGGUCGGUCAGCGCGAAUCUUGGCCUCGGCCAAUAUCGUGAACGCCUCGUCCAACCACUUCCACAUCGAAUUUUUCUACCGAACAAGCGGCCGUAACGUCGCCGUCUACGUGGCCACCUCCAACCAACUCCCGGCCCCGCCCAUCUGGGCCGCCGGCUCGGGCGCCAUCGACUGGACCCGCGCCGUCAUCGACUUCGACCGCCCCUCCAGCUCCCGCAUCCAGUUAAUCAUCCAAGCCCGCUACAUCCAGCGCGGCGCCUGCAGAUCGCCGUGGACCGCGUCGUCCUGGCCGGCGAGAACGGCAACGUCCUCCCGCCCACCAUCGCCACCACUGUCCAACAGCCCCUGGCCAUCGUCGAGGCGGCCACCUGCUCCUUCGACGUGGGCCUGUGUCCGGGAUGGAUCGGCGUCAACUUCAUCGAGAACUUCAACCGCUCCUACCACGGAGUGGCCGCCCAGGCCGGCAACGGCUAUGUCUCCGCCGAACACCUCGAGGGCUUCUCGGAACUCUUCACCCGACCUUUAUCACUGCUGGAUCGAGAAGAAACAACUGUAGAGGUGACCUUCUGGUACCUGUUGGGUGCCGGAACGCAGUUGGAACUGCAGAUUCACGAACCAGCUCUCGGGAACGGAUUGGUCGGGGUGGCGUGCGAAACGAACAACGCCGAAGAUUUGGUGAACCCCCUGACCUGGCACUUCAUCCGUCAGAAGGUCGGUCUACCCCGCAGCGAGACUACGCUAAUCACCAUGCCGCAACGAGACCAUGCCAUGUUAAUCACCGUAUCGAGGGCUCGUUUGCCGCUACUGAUGAAAUGGCCUCCACGAAAUCUGAGGGCAUGCCAAAUCCCGUGAACCGCUUAUCCCGGAGCCGCAAUCCACCAACGUCACCUGCGAUUUCGAGGACUUUGAGACGUGCGGCUGGCAGUCGACCGAUGGCUGGCGCCCGGUCCCCCCGGCUACGGCAUCACCGACGACAAC